UCAAGACAAGUACCUCCUCUCAACGCAGCUGAUCCGACCAUCCUCGCGAACUUCAACGAGAUUGUCGCAACUUCAAAUCUCAAGCUGCGAAACAAGGCUUUGCUCGAGGCGGCCAACACGAUCUCGUCCGCACAGAGGAGAAGCGCCGUCAAAACGCUUGACGACUGUGGUCUGGGCGAGCAUCGUCGGAAGCAACGCCAGGAGCAGACGCGAGGGGCCAACAAAGGCGCAGCCUCAGCCUAGCAUCGCUCGCGCAAGAAGCUUCCUGCCGACACGAACGGCAAUCCAAUCUGGCCAAGCUGCGAGCGGGGCGAGCCGAUGCUUGAGCACGUGUCUCCCACUACGGCGCACCUGCAACGAGCAACGCGCUUCCAGCCCACUGCCUGGUAUCGCCGGCUCCAACAAGAGGGAGAUGUGCGAGAGCGAGUCGAGCGUGCAGCGCAGCAGGCAAUGGACAAAGCGACACCUGUGGGCCGUGCAAUCUGGGACGUUCUCGACCAUGGCGACCCAGAAGACCUCAAGUCGCUCGACUGGUGGCAGCAAUUCUGGCACCUGUCCUGCAACGCCAACUUUGCCAAGGGCAAGGAUGCGCGCAAGAUGGGGGCGGCUGUGUACAUUUUCGUCGGCUUCAAGCAGCGCAGGCUCUCAGCCGUUUACGGAGGCCGCACCGGAUGGCAGGAUUUCCGCUGUGUCGAGCACAUGACCGACCUGAUCCUCAACAAGAAUGGAUGCAAGGUGCACAGGGUAAUUCGCGAAUGUGACUCCUUUGCAAUCUUCAACGUCUUUGAGGACACUUCCGCGCAUGCCGACACCGCGGAGGGAUGGGCCGAUCGUGCCUCGAUCGAGCCAAUAUGGGCGCACAUCAUUGGCGGCUUCAAUGAGGACGAAGCCUUCGUGUCGGCAAGGAGGAAGUACGGAUUACCAGCCUGGAGCGGUGUUGUGGGCUGUAAUCGCACUCGCUGCUUCGAAGCGCCAGAGGGUCAGAGGGGCGGCUCAGACUACAUGGGCAUCAUUCGAGACCGCGACAUUAAGCAGAUGAUCGUGCGCAAGAAGCGCUACUGCCGUCGCAUGGUCAACGCCACGGCCAAGCAAAGGGGCACAGCUCGAGCAAAGUGGGUGGUGCUCUUCAAUGCUACUCGAGACAUCGAGCAAGCAACCUUGCACCAGCGCUUGUGGGACACAGGGCUCCACAUCGUUCCCCGCUCCAGCCAGUCCCGCCUCCUCUGCGGCCUCUACCUCAACGUCAGAAUGGCUCGCCUGCUCCAAGAGAAGGAUGGAACAUUCCUGGAAUGGUCGCUAUUCUUGGGCAUCGGCCAGGGCAGCUCUCUCCCCUUCCUCUCGCCAUACGACGCAGCACUAUUCGAGGAUGUCGCCCUUAUCGCCGUACGGGAUGGCAGGGUCGUGGUGCUGACGUGGAAGCACGCUCCACUGCCGCCGUCUGUUCGUCGUGGCUUCAAUGAAGUCUUCACCCUCCUCCCCUACGAUCUCGCCCAGCCCCGAAUUGCCGCGCACCUCAGCGUUGCUCAAGCGCUGGACCAGACUCUUCCUCCGCCGGGCCAGUGGGACAAGCUCAGCGACUUGGACAAGAUGGCCUUCCUCGGCUUGUUCUUUGUUGCUGGCUCGGGGCAUUUGCGCAUGGGGAGAUACGUGCUGCCGACAAUGACUCGAGGGUGCAAGAGAGAAGGGGAAAAACUGGAGGCUCUCAGACGCUUCACUGGUCAUUACAAUGCGUCCAUGGGAGAGUAUUCUGCUGCCUCCAUCCUCUUUGCGGCUGACCGGGGGGACGACAACAGUCAUCCUGCGGUAGACAUGGACAGGAAGUCCAGUAGGCCGAGGAGAAAUUGGCGCCUCCUGAUCCGCGACAAGGCGAGUCCGACGGGCUGGGCUCCCUUCCCGUAUGCCCUGGAUCCAGGACCGGACCGUCCGGAGGGACGCCUGAUCUGUGUGUGGCUGGAAGUCUUCCGCCAUAUCGACAGGCACGUUGGUGGCGCGCAGCCAGAUAUCCCCCUGCUCUUUCUGCCGAAGUCCUGCCCAUUGGAGAUGUCCGGACGGAGGUCGGACCGUGCCACCAAGGGGCUUCACCAGUACAAGCCCGGGUUCAUUCGCCUCACCCGUUCAUGCGCCAAUGCCCCCCGCCAAGAUUCAGCACCUUAUACCCUGCAGCGCAGAAGAAGCGGCGCAGUUGAUGGGCGGCAAGUGGAGGAAGACGUCCGUCAAAGUCCAAGUGUUGAAUGUUGGUUCCGAAGUGCGCAGGGAGAAGGACCUGAGGAUGCUGGUGAGGCCAAUGGGCGAAGACACGCCCUGGCAGGACAAGCAGGACUGGGAGGUGGGCUCAGUCGGUCGAGAAAAGGUCAUGCUGCAUAUCAGACAGCAGCGAGCAGCAGACCAGAUCGGCGGCUACAUCUGGGAGGACGGCGUGAGGGCGGACGAAAUGCUCCUCGAGUCGGAGGUGGGCGCCGAGCAAGCGGGCGAUCAGGGCGGCAAUGAAGUCGAGGACGCCGACGAGGACGCUGAGGGGUGCAGCAUAACAGCCUCACGUAGCGCUGACACCUCAGCGACAACGGCCGACACCUCAGCGACAACGGCCGACACCUCAGCGACAACGGCCGACACCUCUUUUGACGCCCCACUAGCUGCGUCAACGUCU